AUGAAGAUUCUCUCGUUCGUAGAUGCAACGAACGCCGAACUCGUGAAGUUCCUCUACGAGAACGAGCGCAUCUCCGACGAGGCGAUCGUUGCUGCGUUUAAGAAAGCUUCUGGCUGGGGACUGCAGUACUGGAGGUUCACUUUCGAUGCCAAUCGGACUGAGAUCGUGAAGCUCUUGCACGAGGAUAGCCGCAUACCAGGCGAGGUGCUGGGCGAGGCGCUUGUUCGUGCAGCAAAUGCUGGUCACGCGGGAGUCGUGGCUUUGCUGUGCCACGACACGCGCAUCUCCGAUGAGCUGAGGGGCAAGGCUUUUGCUGAGGCUUCCACGUGUGAGAACAGCGACUUGAUGCUGUCGCUGUACGACAAGCAGCGCGCUCCCCCAGCUUCAAUUUCGACAGCUUUGUGUGAUGCUGACAAGACUCCGCACCUGAAGAGGCUGGUGCAACUGGUCUUCACAGACGACGAAGUACCACGAGAACGCAAACGCCGGAUCAUAGCGGGUGCGGUGGAACUCGGGUGCAAACGCAUUCAGCAGACACUGCACGACUGUGGGGUUGAAGACUGGUCCCUCGCUGCCAUGGAUAAAGUCGGCUAG